GGAACUGACUUAUAAACAAAUUAUCUACUCUGCAGUCUUCAUAAAAAAAAAACUAUUCUAAGUUACAACCCUAGAAAAAGGCAAACCCGACAUUUAGUCGGCAUAAGUAAACAACUUAGCAAAUUGUAGGAGACCGUUUCGAGUUUUGAAAUCAGAGCACACAAUGAUGUGCGUUUCCAGCAAUCGAUUACCUUCAAUACAGUCGAAAUUAGUCGUUCAAAACUAAAAUAUCGACAUGCGCAGUAAAUAACAGUAAAAGACAAACAAGGCGGCUACGAGCAAAACUAUUCAGUACCAAAACCAAGAUGCCGUGCAAAGGAUGUGAAAAAGAAUGCAAGUGCACACCAGAGAAAUGUGAUGAACAAUGCAAAUGCUCUAAGGAUAACAAGUGCAAUUGCCAUGCCGGUAACGCUGGAAAGACUGAAGGAGCACCACCAAAAUCCUGCUGCAGUGGAGGCGGCGGUGAAAAGAAGUGUGGGAAUUAGAAAAUUAAUUUCGAAACUGUAUUUGAACAUGCCAAUAAAUACUUAAAACUGUGUUUUUGAAA